AUGGAGAGUAGCUGGAGUGGCGCGAGGGGCACGGUCCAGUUCCGCAGUCCCGGCUCUCUCCGCUCGGCCCGGCAGCUGGCCGCUCCGCCGGGGGGCGGGCCGGGCGCGGGCGGAGAGCUCUGCCCCGCGGCUCAGAGCGGCGCCGGCGUCUGGGCUGCGGGCGGCGCCGGCCGUCUCCCGCGCUCCCCCUCGCGGAGGACGGGCGUCCGUGACCUUAGGGGAGUUGCGGGUCGAGCUCGGCCUGGGGCCCUGCCUCUGGCCCCCGCCUCUGCGAUCCUCCCCACCCGGCCUCGGGCCGGCGCGCCCCAGCAUGUGGCUUCCUCUUCGUUUUCCCGAAACUCGCGAGGGACCCGCGUGGCCGCCUUCGGACCCGUCCCGCCGCGCGGCUGCCUCGGGAGCCGGAGGAAAGACGACCCUAGAGUGAGCCCUGCCGGCCCGCGUGCGCCCGGGGAGGGAGGCCGGGCGCGGGACGCUUUCCGCCUUUCUCCCCCUCCCCUCUGCGCAUCCGCCUCGCUCGCCCGCCCGGUGAUCAAUAAAGCCCAGACAGACAGACUGUUGAUCAGCAGGAGCCGCCGAGUUCUCCGGGGUAGACGGGACGAGUAG